UUUUUCAUUAUUUACCGCCAUUUUUACUCCUUUCAUCCUAUUAUUAGCUCUAUUUUAAUUAAUUAUUUAUUAUUUAAGGCUUAUAUCAUGUCUCCGUUGCGCUGAAAUAGAGAAAUAUGAGGAAUUAAUCACUAAGCUAUUUUUCAUUAUUUACCGCCAUUUUUACUCCUUUCAUCCUAUUAUUAGCUCUAUUUUAAUUAAUUAUUUAUUAUUUAAGGCUUAUAUCAUGUCUCCGAUGCCUUAUAGUAGUGAAAUAUUAGGAAUUCGUCUGCUAUUGACAAUCGAGUAUAAGAGGAAGGGCAAAAGACAAGUGACGAUCGCUUAUGGGAACUAAAUACGACUUUAAAAGAAUUGGAUUAUUUAUUAAUUUUUACGGCUUAUAUAUUUUUACUUAACUUAGAUGAAACUUAAUAUUUUACUUAAAUUAGUGUAAAGUAGGGAGAUUUAGGUGAUUAGAGGGUCUGUGGUUAUUCAUUUAAGGUGUUUUGGGGUUAAUUAAAGGUUUCCUGAUCCUGUUUGUGUCGAGGGUUUGUUUCCCUUAUGAAGUGAAGGUAAAUAAUGGUCGUGUCCCCGCCUUGAAGGGACUCCCGCGUCCUUGCCUUGUGUGUGUCCUUGUGUCUUCCUCCUCCCGCCGCGGGGAUGUGCCCACACCACCGCCCGGCCAGAUGGCUCGGAGACUAGCCUUGGCGUGGCCCUAGCGGGAGAACCAGCGGCGGCGGCGGCGGCGGCGGCAGGAUGUCAACGCCGGUCACCCCGACAGCAGCACGGAAGAGAACGUUUACCCAGUCCCCCCCACUGGGCCUGGACACCCCCUUCCCCCCCACCACCACCAAUGACGGCACGGGUACUGGGGGGAGCACGGGCUGGCUGGGGGCGCUGGGGGGGGUGGUGGGGGAGUGGCUGCAAGGUUGGGGGCUGCUAGGGGUGCUGCGGAGGAGGUCGGGGGCGCCGUCGGGGGUGCGCUCCACCCCCGCCACCCCCCCCACACACAGCCACCCCUCCACCCCAAACCAUGAGCACAUUGAACUCCGCCAGCUGAAUUUCCAGUAUGAGAUGGAAGGAGGAGGAGGAGGAGGAGGAGAGAGUGGAGGAAACGGAGGAGAAAGUGGAGGAAACGGAGGAGAGAGUGGAGGAAACAGACCCUUACCUAUCGGGGGCUGGACCGGGGCUGGGGGCGGGGGUGGAGAAGGGGGGGCGGGGGGCAUACCGGGGCCUGUUGCAGUGAGGAGGAGAAGGCGCCCCCCUACUCAACCCCAGCCCCUGAAUAGCCCCGUCAGACCCCCCCCAGCCCCCCAUCGUCACUCUUACCAUGAGGGAAGUAGCCCCGAAUCCUACCUUCUAACAGCCCUUCUUAUCCACUCCCUGAAAUACGGGGCUAAGGGAUCUUGCCCCGACCCGGUCUGCCCCGUCUGCCAGCCCCAUCAGACCCGGAAGCCCCAAAUACCUGAUACCCGGAAUUUAGACCCAUCUCAGACCUCUCCUUUUUCCUAUUGCAAUGUUUGUCAUCCCCAGAAUCAGCCCCAAAAUCAGACCCUUCAGACCCCGCCCCAGACCCAUCAUACCCCAAAACCUGACACCCGGAAUUUAGACCCCUCUCAGACCUUUCCUUUUUCCUCUUGCUAUAAAUGUCAUGCCCAGAAUCAGCCCCUUAAGACCCAGGAUCAGACCCCAAAACCUGAUACCCAAAAGACUUCAGACCCUUCUCAGCCCACAGCCCAAUUCCGUGGUCUAAAUUCAGCCCCUUAUUGCUCCAAGUGUCACCCCCAGCCCCUUCAGACCCCUCAGACCCAUGAAUCUAAUACCCACACAAGUUCAGAUCCCUCCCAGACCCCAGUCCAAUUUCCCUUCUGCUAUGUUUGUCACCCACAGACCUCAGCCCCUCUUCCUAGACCAGUUUCAGCCCCUCAGUCCCUUCCCUUCCCUCCGUCAGAUCCCCCAUUCGCUAGGUCUGUUUCGGAGUGCGAGGAUGGGGCUGGGCAGGGUCUGGUUGGGUCUGAGGGGCUGGGGUCUGAUGGUAGCCCCCUCCCUAGGAUUGUAGCCCCUCCAAUCAGCCCCCAGUCCCCCCAUGGGUCUGUGGGAUCCCCCUCUUUCCAGUUUGCACAGAUCAGCCCACUGCCCAGCCCACACUCCCCUCCCUCCCCCUCCUCCUCCUCCUCCUCCUCCUCUCUUCUUCCUGGGCCUUCUUCCUCUUCUUCCUAUGCAACAGCCCGACAGUCUUCCUCCUCCUCCUCUCUUCUUCCCUCCUCCUCCUCCUCCUCCUCCUCUGCGACAUAUGCCACUGUGCACCAAACCUCCUCCUCCUCCUCCUGCUUCUCUUCCUCCCUUCUUCCUCCCUCCUCCUCCACCUCUCUUCCUCUCAUGGACUCAGACUCCUCCUCCUCCUUCUUCGAUAUCUCCUCCCUCACCGAUGUGUCCUCCUCUUUUCUCUCCAUCUCCUCCUCUACUCUAGUUCACUCCUCCUCCUCCUCCUCCUCCUCCUCCUCCUUCUCCUCCUUCCCACAGAAAGAUCACACCUCCUCCUCCUCCUUCCCUUCCUCCUCCUUCCCCUCUUCCUCCUCCUCCUCCCUCCCCUCCUCCCUUACACUCCAAGGUAGAUCUUCCUCCGCCCUCUCCUCCUCCUCCUCCUCCUCCACCACCCUCCGCCCCCUCCUCCUCUCCUCCGGGUCCCUGGUCCUCCUGCCCCGCCGCCCCUCCCUCUCCUCCACCUCCCUCCACCUCUCCUCCAUUUCCUCCACCUCCACACAGAGUCACUUUUUGUGGGAAGAGAACCCCUGCUACGUGCGCCUGGAGGGGGGGCGGCCGGGGGAGGGGCACACCUUCCGCUCCACGACCCUGGACCGCCCCUCGUGGUGUGACGCCUGCGCCCACCUGGUUUUCUAUCACGCCACUACUUGUCUGAAUUGCAAUUACACGUGUCACGAACAAUGUCAGGACCUGGUGACCUUGGAUUGCAAAGCUGACCUGACCCCGGAGUCCGCCAGCAGCCAAGAGGACCUGUUUCAAGAGGAGGAAGAGGAGGAGGAGGAGGAGGAGGUGGUUGUGAAGGAAGAGGUGGUGGCGGUGGAGGAGGUGUUGGAGGAAGAAGAAGAGGAGGAGGAGGAGGAGGAAGAAGGGAAGAGAGAGGAGGUUCUGGUUGUGGUUAAGAAUGAAGAGGAGGAGGAAGAGGAGGAGGUAGAGGAGGAGAAGAAGGAAGAGGAGGAAGAGGAAGAAGAGAAGCCCAAAGAAGAGGAAGAAGAGGAUGUGGUUGACGGAGGAAGAGAAGAAGAGAGGAAAGAAGAGGAGGAAGAAGAGGAGGUGAAGAAGGAGGAGGAGGAGGAGGAGGAGGAGAGGAAGACAGCGGAGAAGGAGGAGGAAAAACAGGAGAAGGAAUUCCUAAGAGUGGAGAGAAGAAGUGAGGAGGUGUCGACGCUGCGGCGCUCGGUAACGCGGCUGCGCUCCCACCUGGUGCCCAACGAGACCCUGGAGGCGUGGGCGCAGCGGAACAGUGCCUCGGCGCAGGGCCUACAGAUAGCCAAGGAGGAUGACGGGAGUUUCCGAGGCUGCAUCCGAGUCCAUCUGAACUUGAGUAGACCCAUCAACAUAGUGGCAGGGACCAGGCCUCCCUCUAUCUAUGACAUUCUACAGGAGGAUCGGACUGUGGAGAAAACUCUUACGUCAUUCUACAUGCCCCGGGAUGCGGUCAAGGCUAUCCACAUCACUAGCAAGACCACCACCAGGGAAGUCAUCGCGGCCCUGCUCGGAAAAUUUAAGGUCGUGGACAACCCUCAGAAGUUUGCCCUUUACGAGAAAACCUGUGACCUCCAACAGACUGGGAAAGCCAAGCUACACCGCCUGGGGACUGGAAUGCCCCUAAGUGUGCUUGACAGCAUCCCAGUGCCAGAUGUCUCGUUCAACAAGCGUUCUACAAAUGACACGGCGGACAUACAGUGGGAAGCCUUUAGUCUGCCCGAGCUCGGCAACUUUCUACGUAUCCUUGACCGAGAAGAGGAGGAAUACAGGUGUCAGAUACAGGACAAAUACUCGCUUCUGAGGCACCGUAUACGCGAGAUGCUGGCCUACCAACACCAGGGGGAGGGCUACAGGGCAUGAGGGGGCUGGGAAGGGGGCUGGGGAGGGUCUGAAGGGGGGCUGGUGGAGAGUUGGUUUGUGGUGUGAGG